AUGCACAUACCAGAUAUUUUCAAGGUUCUGAGUGUAUUCAAAGUAUACAGCGAAAGCUUCCUUGGACUUUCACACCAGCAAAAUUGGCCAACAUAUGAAGGAUUUACUCUUUGUCAUGGCGAGACAAUGGGAAAGAAUAAGAAAGGGCGUCCAAAUAGUACAAGAAUUACAACUGAAAUGGACGAUUUUGAGAAAGAAAAGAGAAGAUGUGGUAUUUGUCGAGAAAUUGAUCAUAUGCGGAGAAAAUGUCCGAACGUGGCAGGCCCGUCAAAUUGGCCCGUCUAA